AUGAAGCUGGAUACGCGCGCCAUGCGCCACUUGGCGUCAGAGGACUGGCGCGUUCUCACGGCGGUUGAGAUGGGCAGCAAAAACCACGAGAUUGUCCCGACGCCACUGAUCGAGAAACUAUCUCGACUACGCGGUGGUGCCAAUGGCGUCCACAGAAGUAUCUCAGCCCUCGCCAAAGUCGGUCUCAUCGCGCGUGUCAAGGAGGCCAAGUAUGAUGGGUACCGUCUGACCUACGGCGGCCUGGAUUACCUCGCUCUACAUACAUAUUCCUCACGCAAGGAGGUUUACAGCGUCGGCGACCGGAUAGGUGUCGGCAAGGAGAGUGACAUCAUGCUCGUAGCCGACCACAACAACGUACAGAGGGUACUCAAGAUCCACCGCUUGGGCAGAAUAUCUUUCCGAUCCGUCAAGUCGAACCGAGACUACCUCAAGAACCGCCAGGCAGGAUCAUGGAUGUACCUCUCCCGACUAGCAGCCAUGAAAGAGUACGCAUUCAUGACAGCACUGUUGGAAGAAGGCUUGCCGGUGCCGACCCCAAUUGCACAGUCACGACACACUAUCGUCAUGUCUUUGAUCGAGGCCUUCCCUCUUCGCCAAAUAUCCAGCGUUCCCGACCCAGCAUCUCUAUACGGGGAGCUAAUCAGCCUGUUGCUUCGGCUGGCAAAGCACGGCCUGAUCCACGGCGACUACAAUGAGUUCAACAUCCUGAUCAAGGAGAACACAUCUGUGGACAAGAACGGCGAAGAAUCAAUAACACUAGAGCCCAUCGUCAUCGACUUCCCGCAAAUGGUAUCGAUGGAGCAUCAAAAUGCGGAAAUGUACUUUGAUCGGGACGUGAACUGCAUCAAGCGCUUCUUCUCACGGCGGUUCGGCUUCACCAGCGAUGCGCCAGGGCCCUUCUUCAAGGAUGCAAAGAAGACAGUUGGAAAGGAUGGCGCGAAGCGGCUUGAUGCCACAGUGGAAGCAUCGGGCUUCACCAAGAAGAUGUUGAAAGACUUGGAGGCAGCCAUCAAAGAGAAGGCCGGCAACAAAGAGGAACGGGCUUCCUCGCAUUCCGGAGUGGAGAGUGAAGUAGAUGACGAGACUGAGGAUGAAGACAGUGACCACAGCGAAGAAGAUAUGGACAAUCUCGGAGAGGGCGCUAGCCAUACGGAAGAAGGCGUUGGGGCCGACGGAUCUUCAAAACCUGGCGAAUCUGACCUUGAUAGCCUUGGGAAGCCAAUUUCGCAGCUCGACCUGUAA